GCUCAAUCUUUGGUCAUUUAAUCCAACUUCCAGAUCAGAUUCUCUUCAUUGAAAUUCUCAAUUUCAACCUCUUCUCAAUUCUUUUCCUAUUUCUGAUUCGAAAGUGAAACUUUGACUAUGCCACUGUUUGUUCUUCAUUUUCUCUACAAGCUUUUUCCUUUGAUAGUUGGCACAUUGUGACUUAGACUUAUCAAUUCUUCAAAUUUCUUUUCCUUUUUCGGGUUUUUACUUGAGGUAGAUCACUGGGGUUUUGGAUUUACAUGUUUUCAACAAUUUCUCAUUAGUAUACAACAAUCCAAAUUUGUGAAGUUUGAGGUUUUCCCUUAGUGGUUCAUCUGGGUUUCUAUUCUUUUCAUGAUAUUUUGUUCAUUCUCAUCGUCAUAAAUUGGUUGAUCCUUUGUCAAUUCUCACCUAUUAUGGUUUACCUUGGUGGGUCCAUCUGUCUGUUUUUGUGCUAUAAUUAGUUCCUACUUCACAUUGUAAAGUCUCGAUUUUUCUUAAAUCUUAAUUUGAACUUUUUGGAGUUGUUAAGACAAUGGGAAGAUCUACACAACAACUGAAGCAAGGCAUGUUAUAGUUGGUACAAUGGGUUUGUCCUUAUUCUUUGUGAUCUGCAUUCUCCAUUCCGUGAUUGCAAUAACGUGUGGAUCCUUGAUAAUGUUCUAUCUAAACGAGAUCUAUAUAUUUGGCCAUGGUGUUGAAACGGCUCAAAAGCUUUCAGGGUCAACCCCACAUGAUCAAUUGUUGAUUAAGACAUCCAAUUCUUUUGUUGGUUUGCUUCUCUUUAUUGUUGGCUUCUUGGUUUUCAUGGUAGCCUUUGUCAAGGAUAAAGAGUUCCAGAGCUUUUUCGCCAAAGGCUGUGUACUCCUUCAUUUAUCAAUGGCUCUUUGGAGAGUUAAUUUUGAGAGGAGGCUAGAGGAUUUGGCUUGGGAUUGGCCAAGACAAGCCGCUGGUGAUUUUCUGCUGGCUCUUUCUUGGGUGUUCUUUUUACUGUAUACUUGGAGGGAGAAGUAUGAUUAGCUUGAACUAGAGCGCAAAUGGAUUCAUGUGGACUGUCACAUUACCGAAUAUGGUUGUUGAUUUCAAUUGAAUGUCUUCGUCAGAGCUAGUAGCAGAUGAUUUGGGAUCAAAUGAUGCAAGAUUCCAUGUUUCUUGAAACAUGGUUUUGAAAAUGUGCAGUUUCUUGCAAAAUGGUAGAUGGAUAUUUAAAAAAGAGAGCCUGCAGAAUAUUUGCAUGGACAUUGUGGUUCCAAUGUUUCCAAUAAGCCUGAUGAGCUAGAUGCCCUUGGAAGGCGGCUGCCAAUCCUUCCAUAUUAGCAUGGAAAAUAUUGUGUAUUUGCAAUCACUUGAUUUGUAAUUGCACUCUGGUGCUUGCUUAUCUAUGCAUCUUGCCCAAAACAAAAUUUAGACAAACUCAUUUCAGAAUCAAAAACCUGUUACAGUGACCCUAAAUAUUAAUCUGGAAUAAGCUCUGAAGCUGCAACUGCUAUACAUAUAAUUUGAAUAAACGUUUCCUAGAAGAAAUAAGAAGUUGAACUUACAUAUCUUUUCUCCUUUUUUCCCAUCCCUUCCCUUCGCUUCCCUGAAGUUGACUUUAUUCAUACUGUGAAUAAAUUGAUAGCCAACUCAGUCUGCUCUGAAAUCUACCUGGUGACUUACAUAUCAACAUUUGUUCUGACAUGUGCAGGAUCUAAUUUAAGAUAAUGGGUAUGUCCACCUCUCAGACGGUACGGCCAUUUGAAUUGUCAAACCGAGCAUUUAUUUAUAUGUGAAUUGUAGUUGAACUAACUGUAAGAUGGAUCCUUCAUUUCUGUUUAGAUCUGUUACAGCCGAUGCUAAUAGAAAAACGUAAGGCUGAAGAAAAUUUAAGGCAUCAACCAAAAUGAUAUGUGUUGGUUGAUCCAUUAUGGAGGCCUUUGAUGCAGCACAACAUCCACAUUAAUUAAACUUCCUGGAUGGCUCAGACUCAAGGACGAAAGCAUCUCCAAAUUAGUCAUCCUACUAAACUUACAAACAGCAAUUUGUACUAGCCAGCAGAACUAAAGCAGGACGUGGUGAAAUAAAACAAGCUU